AUGAUCACUCACAAAGUUGGCACUCCCUAUCAUCCCCAGACUAGUGGUCAAGUAGAGGUUUCUAAUAGGGAGAUUAAGCACAUCCUCGAGAAAACUGUGAGGCCCAAUAGGAAAGAUUGGUCCACUAGGUUGGUUGAUGUACGUUGGGCCUAUUGCACUGCAUAUAAGACACCCAUCAGGAUGUCUCCAUAUAGGAUUGUGUUCGGGAAACCAUGUCAUCUCCAUGUUGAGUUAGAACACCGAGUUUUGUGGGCCAUUAAGAAGUUCAAUUUUGAUAUGGCUAAAGUUGGUGACCAUCGAAAACUCCAACUUAAUGAGUUAGAGGAGCUCAACAAUGAUGCAUAUGAGAGCUCCAAAAUUUACAAGGCUAGGACUAAGGCAUUUCAUGAUAAACACAUUUUUCGUAAGUUCUUCAAGCCUCACCAAAAAGUGUGGUUGUUUAAUGCUAAAUUCCGGUUGUCCCAGGGUAAACUCCAAUCUCGAUGGGAUGGCCCAUAUGAGGUUAUUGAAGUCUUUCCAAGUAGGGAGGUUAAGAUUAAAAAUCUACAAGAUGGUACGACCUUCAAGGUCAAUGGUAAAAGAUUGAAACAUUUUGUGGUUGGUAUUGAAAAAGGGGAGAUGAUUAAGGUUGUUCAUUUGACGGACCCAAUAUAUCAUUCAUAG